AUGAGCAACCUAGUAGAUGAAGUCAGGUUAGUGUUUAAUCAGCCCUUCAGACCACUCUUACCACUACAUUCCUAAAUAUGACUGAGGUGAAGCAAAGAUGAAAAAUAUUAAUCAAUCUCCUCCCAAUGUUUUUCAGGCAAAUCGAAGGCAAGGUCGUCGAGAUCUCGCGACUCCAGGAGAUUUUUGCGGAGAAGGUGCUAAUGCAAGUGAGUGACUUCCUUAUUCCCCCUGGUCCAAUUGGAGGAAAAUGUAUGUUGAAAAAUAACGUCCAUCCCACUUAAUAAAGCGUUGUUGUUGUGUUAUUAGUGUGUUUCUAUUUCCUGUUUGUGUGUUGUUCACAGGAAACUGAGAUAGACAGUAUCCAUCAGCUAGUCGUGGGAGCCACUGAAAACGUCAGAGGGAAACGAGGACAUCAGAGAGGUAAUGGCAUGUUAUUCUAAACAACCCCAGUAGUUUCCCCUGCUCUUUAUACUAUACAGUAUGUUAUUGUAUGUAUAUAUUAAACAUUUUUGAAAUAUUUAUUACGAGGGUGUCCAUAUGUUUUCAUUGGAGGAUGUAACUUUUAGAAAAACAAAUGUACCAAAUAUUCGUGACUGACUCGAGGUUGCUCAACACAGCCAGUGGUCUGUUUUAACUCUAUGGUUUCAUUGUAUGCUUGCCUUGCAUUUCCAGGCCAUCCAAAACAAUGCUGGAUUCCGUGUCUGGAUCCUCUUCUUCCUCAUGUGCUCCUUCUCUCUGCUCUUCCUGGAUUGGUACGACAGCUAA